AUGGUCAAACAUCUCUGCGAAGCGCCAGUCCGGCGCUACAUGGCUCUCGGGCUUUUCAUCGUCCUCGCAAUCAUUCUCUGGCACGGCUUUGCCCCCUCCAGAACUCCUUGGAGCCUGUCUACCCAUGCUUUGCACGGCCACGUCCCGUACGUGCCCAGCACCGUAGACUGGAGCAAGGCCAAGCUCUUUUACCCGCCCGACCGCCCUGUCGCUCUUCCCUCCGGCAAGCCCAAGGCUCUCCCCAGGGUCCAAGCUCGGCCUGGCUCGCAUGGCAAAGACGACGCCUCCGGCGCACGCAAGGAGGCUGUUCGAAAAGCAUUCGUCAAGAGCUGGGACGCGUACAAAACGUUCGCCUGGCGAGAGGAUGAGCUGAUGCCGCUCUCGGGCAAGGGCAAGAGCAGCUUCUGUGGCUGGUCGGCACAGCUGGUCGAUGCCCUGGACUCGCUGUGGAUCAUGGGCCUCAUGGACGACUUCCGCCGAGCCGUCAGGGAGGUGGCCAAGAUCAACUGGUCCAGCCAUGACGGAGACACCAUCAAUGUGUUUGAAGUGACGAUUCGCCAUCUCGGGGGGCUCCUGUCGGCGUACGACCUCUCGCAGGAAAAGGUGCUCCUGCAAAAGGCCGUCGAGCUGGGCGACGCGCUGUACAUGGCUUUCGACACCCCCAAUCGCCUGCCAACCCACUGGCUCAGCUACGAAAAAGCUGCAAAGGGCGAGACGGUGGGCGACGAGACAAUCUCGGGCGCUGCCAGCGGCUCCCUCUGUGUCGAGUUCACCCGCCUCAGCCAGAUUACCGGAAACUCCAAGUACUACGAUGCCACGGAACGAGUCAAGAGGUUUUACUACGCGUACCAGAACCACACCAAGCUUCCCGGCCUGUGGCCUUGGAACAUGAACUUCCGCGACGGCAAGAUCGACGACUCCUUCUUCACGUUUGGCGCGGGGGCAGAUUCUCAGUACGAAUACCUCCCCAAGAUGCAUGCUCUGCUGGGAGGCCUGGAUCCGGACUACGUGGAAAUGACCACCACCGCCUUGGACGCGGGCCGAGACCAUUUGCUUUUCAAGCCCAUGACGCCCCGGGACAGCGACGUGCUCAUGUGUGGCAACGUGGAUGCCUCUGCGCCGCAACGUGACACCACCGCGCAGAUGCAGCACCUCACGUGCUUUGCCGGAGGCAUGUACGCCCUCGCCGGGAAGCUGCUCGAGCGCGACGACUACGUCCACCUGGCCGCUCGUCUCACGGCUGGCUGCGUCUGGGGCUACGAUUCGUUUGCCUCCAACAUCAUGCCCGAGUCCAGCGUCUUGGUCCGGUGCGAAAACAUGGACGCCCCGUGCCCGUACAAUGCGGGCUUGUUCGAGGCCAGGAGCUCUGCCAGGGUUCCCGAGGGUUUUGUCGGCGUCAGCGACGCUCGGUACAUGCUCCGGCCGGAGGGGAUCGAGAGCGUCUUCUACAUGUGGCGCGUCACAGGAGACCGGGCCUGGCGCGACGUCGCGUGGAGGAUGUGGCAGGCCAUCGUCGCGGAGACGGAGACAGACUUGGCGUUUGCGUCUAUUCGAGACACGACGAGCAACGGCAGCGCCAAGCUGGAUUCAAUGGAAACGUUUUGGCUGGCCGAGACGACCAAGUACUUUUACCUUGUCUUUGAAGACGAAGGCGUCAUUGACCUGGACGACUGGGUCUUCAACACGGAAGCACAUCCGCUGAAGCGACCUACCGGGGUCUUGAAUCCAACGUGA